AGAUUUAAAACUUUUUUAGAACUUUUUUUUUAGAACAAUUUUUUUUCUUAGACACAAACAAAAUGAGUAAUGCGAGACCUUCCUCUGGAACAAUUAGAGUUGGAACUGCUUCUCGUGGAAGAAUGGCUGGAUCUACAGGCAGACCGCCGACAGGAACAAAUAUGAAUUCAUCUGCUAGACCAGUGACAAGAGGUGGAGCACUUGGAGGAGCUUUAAAUGCUGCAAUUCAUGUUUCGGAUCGACCAGUUACUCGGCAAGGACUUGGAGGGAUCAAGACUGCUGCCCAAGGACCACAACGCCAAGUUCAAGAUAAAUCUUAUUGGUUGAGUCUUCUAAGAGGAAAAAUGAAUGAUUUAAAUGUAGAAAUAUCUGCAUUAACCAAAGAAAUCAAUCUGUUCAAUCAAGAAAAUGCAAGUUAUUUAUCCUAUGAAAAAAGGGCAGAGGUGCUAGCUUUGGAAAUCAAAGAGCUGCAAGGAGAGUUGGCUGAUUAUAAUUCUAUUGUUGACAAAUUAAAUAUGAAUGCUGGUUUUGAAGAUCUUACUGAAGAUUUUGAAAAAUUGCGAUUAGAAAAUCAGAAAGAAGCUAAGAAAAUAGAUGAUAUGUUUGCAAAGAAACAAGAUAAAGAAAAAAUCAUUAAGCAGUUAGAAAUUGAAAUUAAUCAACAAAGAAGUAUGACAGAAAGUUUGGUAUCUGAUAUGCCAUCUAACCUCAGAGAAAAGUAUGUGAUUUUGAAAAAGCAAAAUUUGCAUUUGCAAGAGGAUUUGGAAAUUAAGCAACAAACAUUGGAUAAUCUCAAUUCUCAAAUUGAUAAUCUUGAAGAGGAUAUAUCUCAAUCUAAUGUGAAACAGGAAGCAGUGACAUUGUAUGAAAAAAUAUUUGAACUAGAAGAGAAGAAAAAUAUGCUUCUUGAAGAAGAAAAGUCAACUGAAACACCUGCUCAAGAGAGAGAGAGGUUGUUGAAGCAGGUAAAAGAUGAUAACCAGGAGAUUGCAAGAAUGGAGAGUCGUGCUCGUGAGAUUCGUGAAAAAACUGAAAAACUUCAAGAUGAAAUAUCUCAACUAGAUGUAGAACUUGAGGAGCAUCAUGGUGAACGAACAGCAAAGUAUAAAGAACUGAAAAAGCGAGAUGAAGACAUGCAAGAGUUUUUGGAUAAGUUUGAUGAAAAUAAGAAUGCUGCAGAGCAAAACUAUAAAAAUAUAGAAGAAAAUGUUGUUCAAUUGUUGGAAAAGAUUAGUAGAGCAACAAUUCAAUCAAAGCAUAUUCCAUCUGCUACUGAUCUCAAAGUUAUGAAGGAUGAUCUUAGUUUUAAAGCUAAAGAGAUGAACAAAUCCAAAGAUACAGCUAUUGGUCUAGAUGGAGAGCAUGCAAAGUUGCGUCAAGACUUGGAAAAAGUACAACUUCUUGAAGAAAAAAUUACAAAGGAACUUGAUACUUUAAAGCAAAAGAUUAAAGAUAUGCAAAAGGAACUUGCAGUGUAUUCUGAUAUAAACACUUUAAAGAAAAAUGUGGAAAAUAAAAAGAAUAUGUUGUUAAAAGAAAAAGAUGAUCUCUUAAAAACCAAAGAAAAAUUAUCUGGAGAUGUGGCAAAUCUUACUAAGGUCCAUGACAGCAAACAAAAGAAACUUGAGCAAAAUGAAACAUAUAUUCAACUAGGCAAUUUAGAAAGAAAAUGGCAACAUUUGGAGCAAAACAACCUCUCAAUAAAAGAUUAUAUUGCGCAAAAAACUGCAGAAAGCAAUUAUACACCUAUCAAACAAAACGUGAGUUCUUUGACACACUACAUAAAUCAGCUUACUAUUAAGAAUCUCAGCAGCGGAAAAACUUAAUUUCAGAUUUUUUAAGAAUAACGAGCAAAGUAAAAUUGAAAUGUAUAUAUGAUACGAGUAAAAUUUGUAUAUAAAAAGUAAUCUUUAAAAUGAAAUAAAAAUUAAAAAAAAAAAA